GCUCGACACAACACUUGAGUCACUGACAAUGUCAUCUACCUUCUCACAAUUCCAGCUCUCUCAAAGUGGCAAGGAAUUGAUCCACAAUUCAUCAACAAAAUGAAAGGCAUCUAUCUGAAUUUUGCUGUUCUUUCAUUGGCCAUGCUGCUGUGUCUAUGCCAAGCAAAAACCCACCUUCACCCUUUGAUCUUGGUACCCGGGACUGGAGGCAAUCAACUAGAAGCUAGGCUAACCGCAGAGUACAAGCCUCCAAGCUUGUUUUGCAACCGGUGGUAUCCAUUGAAGAAGGACAAGAAUGGUUGGUUUAGGCUGUGGUUCGAUCUAAGUAUCAUAUUAUCCCCCUUCACUAGAUGCUUUGCUGACCGCAUGAUGCUAAAUUAUGAUCCUUACCUCGAUGACUACUAUAAUGCCCCUGGAGUGGAGACUAGAGUUCCUAAUUUUGGCUCUAUUCAAUCUCUCCUUUAUCUUAAUCCCCAUCUCAAGCACAUUACUGCAUACAUGGAGCCCCUUGCAAGGUCCCUGGAACAAAUAGGUUACGUGGAUGGUGAAAAUCUAUUCGGAGCACCAUAUGACUUUCGUUAUGGUUUAGCAGCAGAAGGUCAUCCAUCAGCUGUUGGUUCCAAGUUUCUUAGUGACCUGAAACAUCUAAUAGAAAAUGCAAGCUCUUCAAAUGGAGGCAAGCCAGUGAUCCUUCUAUCCCACAGCCUAGGAGGCCUAUUUGUCCUUCAACUACUCAACCGAAAUUCGCCUUCUUGGCGUCAAAAAUAUGUCAAGCAUUUCAUCGCACUGUCUGCACCCUGGGGUGGCACAGUUCAGCAGAUGAUCACCUUUGCUUCUGGAUAUACGCUAGGGAUUCCCCUUGCUGAUCCUCUGAUAGUCAGGAAUGAGCAAAGGAGUUCUGAAAGUAACCUAUGGCUCUUGCCUUCUCCUAAAGUAUUUUCUCAGAAGAAACCACUUGUGAUUGCACAAAAUGCGUCAUAUUCAGCACAUGAAAUUGAACAAUUUCUUGAAGACAUUGGAGCUCCAGAAAGAGUGAAGCCUUACAAAUCGCGAAUUUUGCCUUUGGUGGGAAAAUUUGUGGCUCCUGAAGUGCCCAUUACUUGCAUAGUUGGCACUGGUGUGGAGACACCGGAGACCUUGUUGUAUGGAGAAUGCGGCUUUGAUGAGCAACCUGAGAUUAUUUAUGGAGAUGGAGAUGGAACAGCGAACAUAAUUAGCUUAUUGUCUGUGGAACUGGAAUGGGCAGAUAAUAGAAAUCAGACCCUUAAGGUGAUUAAACUUCCUGGGGUUUCUCAUACUGAUAUACUGCAGGAUGAUGCAGCACUUGGUGAAAUACUAGGACAAAUUAACAGCAUCAACUCUGAACUCUGAAGUCACUAGUAUCUCAUUCUCAGAAUAUUAUUCUGAGAAGUCAGUAAUGGCUGUAAUCGUCUAUCAAUUGAGCUGAUUCCCUCCGAAACAACUGCAGAAAAUCAGCAAGAAAGCAGGAGCAAACAUUUGCAUGUAAAUGAUGUCUUUCCCUGUAAUUAUUUUUUUGUUAUGGGCAGGGAACUAUAACAUGUUACGUUUCUUAUAUGAUUUGGCAAAUUUAUACUAUUAUAUUAGGGUGCACAUUGAUUUUGUUGUGUAUAUCAAAAUUUGUAUCAGGUGCAACCCUUCAAGGUCAAGGAUGUGUAUACUAAGUGUUGAUAAUGUACUGAUAUGAAGCACAA